AUGGCAAAGACAAAGUCCGCACAGCCUGAUAAGGCCAUCAAGUCCAGCAAGGACGCACAGGUCAAACCGCUUUCAUCAGUCAAACAAGGCGCCGUCACUAAACCAUCUCAGACAUCAAAGUCCAAGAGCAAGGACAUCGCAAAGCAGGUCGCAGUGAAGGCAGACAGAGUGGGCAAAGAGGACAAAAAGUCCAAGAAGGCGAAGAAAGAGCCAACACCUGAGCCAAGCCCCAGCGAGAGUGAGGACGAGGAAGACAGCAGCGCAAGCUCCGCUAGCAGCGAUGAUUCUGAGGUUGAAGUUCCCGCACCCAAGGCGGCCGCGAAGACAAAUGGCGUGAAGACCAAUGGCGUCGCCAAGGCUGUUCUCAAGGUUGAGAGCGAUGACGACGAAUCCGGGUCUUCUGACUCGUCUGCAUCUUCCGACGAUGAGUUGGAGGAAUCUACUGCGGCCAAAUCCGCCCCAGCAGCUGUCGCCAAGGACACCGCCGCUGGUGCGAAAGAAGAGUCCGAGAGUGACGAAGACAGCAGUGAAGAUGAUGAGGAGAGCGACGAGGAGACCGAGAACAAAGGCCCCGUCGACGCCAAGGCUUUGAAUGGCAAGCUUGAGGUGGUGGCUUCCAAAGAGGCCUCUUCGGACGAGGAGUCUGGUAGCGAUGACACUUCCUCCGGUACCUCUGACGGAUCAUCUGAUGAGGAGAGCGAAGAAGAAGACGAGGAGGAGACUGUUGUCCCAGCUCCCAAGAAGCGCAAGGCUGAAGCUGAGGCCGCGCCUGCCGCAAAGAAGACCAAGACCGAGCCUAAGGGGGAUGAAGCUACCGAGAGGAAUCUCUUCGUUGGUCGCCUUUCGUACAACGUCGACGAGGAAUGGCUCACUCGCGAGUUCGAGAAUUUCGGGGAGCUAUCUGGGGUUCGAGUCAUCACCGAUAGGGACUCUGGCCGUUCCAAAGGGCGAGUACCUUUUAAUGUCAUGUUCCAGCUCAAGACUGACGUCGCUCCAGAUACGGCCCAGAAGGCUAUGCACGAGUCCGAGAUCGACGGUCGUACCAUCAAUGUCGACUUCUCCAAGCCUAAAGCUCCUCCCUCUCAGCGUCAAGACCGCUCGAAAUCCUUCGGAGAUAACUUGAGCCCUGCCAGCGACACUAUCUUCGUUGCCAACCUUGCAUUUGAAGCUACCGAGGACAUGGUUGGAGAGGAGUUCGGAAAGCAUGGCAGUGUUCUCGGCGUUCGUCUGCCCACCGACAUGGAAACUGGCAGUCCCAAGGGUUUCGGAUACGUUCAGUUCGGCUCCGUUGAGGAAGCUCAAGAGGUCUUUGGCAAGAUGAGUGGUGCUCUAGUCUUGGGCCGUCCCGUUCGUCUUGACUACUCUACGCCUCGCCCACCUCGCAACAACGAUUCUCCUGGUGGUCGUGGUGGACGCGGUGGCGGCUUCCGUGGUGGUCGUGGCGGUAAUGAUCGUGGCGGUCGUGGUGGAGGACGUGGUCGUGGGGGCUUCAACGAUCGUGGAGGUCGCGGAGGUGGCCGUGGUGGACGUGGCGCCUCGACUAACCGUGGAGGUUUCGGUGACUUUCAAGCGAUCAUCAAGUUUGACGACAUUCUUUUCAUUGGUUCGAUCACGACUACAAAAGUUUUCUUCUUCUAUGCUACGAAGGCCGCGCUUGCUGGAUUGUACCAUACCCAGUACAUGUUCGCAAGAUGGCUAGGAUAA